CAUAUAUACGGAACAGGGGAUAUUAAAUUCCAGACAAAACCUGUCGAAGAACAUUCCCGAAAAAGAGCAAAGAGAGAGAGAGAGAGAGUCGAAGCCCUAGCGUGUUUGCCUUCUCCUCUCUGUUCCUUUCCUUACGAUCCGUUAUUGAGUGUGUCGGUCUUGGCCCUCGCAGCUUUGCUCUCCUCUUAGGCCAAUCUAAUAAUACCUCAGAUGCACCUUUGGUUCUAUUCAUACCAAAAUGCAGAUUUUCAGCUGGUUUUUCGUUCCAAAUGGACUGCAAGAAGUUCAUGCAGAUGGUGGAGGAGAAGAAAAGGCAAAUUCUCGAGAAGAAGGAAGCUCCUUUGAAAUGGGAGCAGAAGCUUGAGGCGGCUGUCAAGGCUGCUGAAACCAAAGACAAGAGGUCAAAAAAGCGAAGAAGACAAAGGGCUGCGUCUGAGUCUAGCUCUGAAAGUGAUAGUAGCACUGAUGUGAGAAGAAAGUCGAGGAGAACUCACAGUAAGCACCGUAGGCAUGCGCACUCUGAUUCAGAUGACAGUGAUAAGAGGAAAGAUAGGAGAUCCAGGAGGCAUAAGAAGAGAUCCUCAAGUUCAAGAGAUGAUAGCAGUGAUGAGUAUGAGAGCGGAUCAGAGGAUGAGCUCAGGAUGAAGAUAAGGCACCACCGGAGGUACAAGUCUCAUAGCUCAAGACAGACUUCUGAUGAUGACUAUGACGAAGACGUGAGAAGAAGACAAGUUAAGCAUCACAGGCACGGUGAGGUGUUUACUUCAAGUGAUAGCGAGGAAGAGAUAGGAGGAGGAAGAAGAAAACAUAGGCACAACAGAGGUUCAGCUGCCUCCAGCGACUCAGACUCAGAGGUUAGACGGAAGAAUAGAAAGAGAAGGGAGCAUAAAAGGUAUCGUUGGGCAGAGUCUUCAAGUGAGGCUGAUGAUGGAGCGAGGCGAAGGAGAGGGCAUCAUAAACAUGACUGACAACAUAGACAAGUGAAAAUGUGGACGGGCAUUAGAGAGUGGUUGUUUAAUUCACACACCCUCAAUCAGAACUGAAAUGUUGUGCAACCAUUGUUAGCACAAAGACUCUUAAACAUUGUGUUGAAUUACUUGUGGCAUUUCUCUUCGCUGUGUAUUUGCAUUUUAAAAACUCAAAUCUAAUAAGAGCCAUGAACCCGGAGAACAACCCAAAUGGUUCGAGAUAAAUUGUCUAA